UGUAUGAAAUGAAGUAACGUUAACGUAUAGAAACUUGCAGUUCAGGGGACAAUCUCUGUCAUUCUUAUACAGUAGAUAUCCUUACAAAAACUCUAAUGUUAUUGUAGGCAACAUGUUCAGCGCUCUUCUAGUUUGUGGGAAAGUAAUUUCGGUAAUCCGGAGUCGAAGUUAAGAAUGGAGCUUCACAGGAGUUGGAUGCGUUCAAGUGCCUUUUACAGGAACAUCUAUCCCUCGAAAACAACGUAGUUGAGGCGUGGGGUUCAGCAUAAACAGGUAUGAAACCAAAGCUGUGAUACAGUAUGUCAACCCGAUGCAUGGCAGCCGAGUUAACGUUAGCUGGCUACGAACACAAAUUCAUUAGCUAACCGUAAGUAACCAAUUUGGAAAUGUUUCCGAUACAGAGGCUAAUUUGACAGCUAGUUGAACAGUCAGACGACUCAUUGGCACUGGCAUAAGUGGACAAUUAGACUAUCGCCAUCGAUUUUUGUCGUUCAUUGACAGAACUGCGUUCUGAACCAUUGUCACAAGGACGCUUAAUGUUUUGAGGGGAAAUGUCUGCACUCAGGUGAAAUGUAUGUAAUUUUGUUUGCUAAGCUUGCUAACUGAGCAGUGUGCAUAACUAGCACAGAUAACGUUAGGUAGCUACUUGUCCAGUAUUGUUAGCAGUGGUUUGGUUAGCUUUAAAAUCCGCAUUGUUUCACCGGAAGCAAUGUCUUGUUGAAUCGUUCUGAUAGAGUUAGGCUUUCGCAAGAAAACGUCAAAGUGAACGUUGGUGAAGGAGUCCAAGUUGGUUGAAUCCUUAACACUAUCUAGCUAAUACUAUUAGCUGGCUAACUAUCGCCGCUAGUGGAAUACCGUUUGGGCUAACUAUCCAGGAAUCAUCUUGACAGGUAUGGGUCCCCGAUGAAGAGACAUUAGGAAUUAAAAGUACACACUAUUUUUAAUCCAAGACCCACUCCCACCACGACUUGUUAGCUAUCAGCACUGUCCACAUUCAGAUGGAGAACAGAUUGGUCAGAGAUCCACACUCGUGCCGUAGUUUUGGAAUGCUUCUGCCAGUACUGCUCAUCGUCUUAAAUCUGUCACAUGGAGUGACUGGCCUAGACGACCAGGCCAUGUUACCUGAAGAGAAGAGCAAAAUAAGGGACCAGAUUCUGGAGAUGUUUGACCAUGCGUAUGGCAGCUACAUGAAGUAUGCCUACCCUGCUGAUGAGCUGAUGCCUCUGAGCUGCAGAGGGCGAGUCCGGGGACUGGAGCCCAAUCGGGGAGACAUCGACGACGCCUUGGGAAAGUUCUCUCUCACGUUGAUCGACACCUUGGACACCCUUGUGGUUCUAAACAAGCUGGACGAGUUUGAGGAUGCAGUAAAGAAGACGCUGAGAGAUGUCCGACUGGAUAACGACAUUGUUGUUUCCGUCUUUGAGACCAACAUCCGUGUCCUUGGUGGCCUGUUGGGGGCGCAUGUGAUGGCUGACCUGCUGAGGCAGCGAGGGGACCGGAUGCACUGGUACAGAGACGAGCUGCUGCACAUGGCCAAAGACCUCGGCCACCGGCUGCUGCCUGCCUUUAACACCACCAGCGGCCUGCCUUACCCACGGGUAAACCUGAAGUACGGGGUCCUGAACCCACUCUCCCGUACAGGCACGGAGACGGACACCUGUACUGCAUGUGCGGGGACCAUGAUCUUGGAGUUUGCGGCUCUCAGCAGACUGUCUGGAGACUCUGUGUUUGAGGAGCAUGCCAGAAAGGCCUUAGAUGUGCUCUGGGAGAAGAGACAGAGAGGAAGUGACCUUGUAGGAACGGUCAUCAACAUCCACAAUGGAGACUGGGUCCGCAGGGAUAGUGGAGUUGGUGCUGGCAUCGACUCCUACUAUGAGUAUCUCAUGAAGGCCUACAUUUUGCUGGGAGACAAUGUGUAUCUAGAGCGCUUCAAUACUCACUACAGUGCCAUUAUGAAGUACAUCAGCCAACCACCUCUGUUGCUGAAUGUGCACAUGCACAACCCCACCGUCAGCGUGCGCAGCUGGAUGGAUUCUCUGCUCGCCUUCUUCCCUGGACUGCAGGUGUUAAGAGGUGAUCUGAAGCCAGCUAUUGAGACUCACGAGAUGCUUUAUCAGGUCACCAAGCAGCACAAGUUUCUUCCAGAGGCUUUCACUACAGAGUUCAGGGUUCACUGGGGGCAGCAUCCAUUGCGUCCAGAGUUUGCAGAAAGCACUUACUUCCUUUACAAGGCAACAGGGGACCCCUACUAUCUGAAAGUGGGCCAGUCUAUUGUGGAGAAGCUGAACACACACGCCCGCGUCCCCUGUGGCUUCGCCGCCGUGCAGGAUGUGAGGACGGGCACACACGAGGACAGGAUGGAUUCGUUCUUCCUGGCGGAGAUGUUUAAGUACCUUUACCUGCUGUUCUCGGAGAAGAGCCAGCUGCCUCUGGACAUAGAUAACUACAUAUUCACCACAGAGGCCCACCUACUUCCUGUUGCCCUGUCUACCACCCAGCCUCCAUGCCAGGGGAACCACACGCUGAGCCACCAUGGGGAGGACCUGUUCACCUACUCGUGCCCCAGCACCCAGACGCUCUUCCCCAACAACCCCUCCUUCGCCAAGAGCAUCCGCGACGGCUACAAGUACCUGACGGGGGUGGGCAGGGCCUACCACCCCUCACCAGUCAGGGGCAUUGAGCUGCCUCUACAUGACACGGGCCUGGAGCCAGUGGAGUUCCUAAAGAGCAUGGGUAUCACCCUCACCCCACUCAACGAGGCGGCUGUUGGAACAGCGGGCAAAGGGGCACAUGAGAAAGGUGUGUACAGGGUGAAGUUGGUGGCUGAGGUCAGUCAGACCCCUGAGGAAGAGGAGGUGGUACCCCUGAUUGUCCAGGUCAUCUCUCCACCAUUUCUGGGUAGAACGGUCCUGACUGCCGGCCCGGCCAAAUUUGGCCUGGACCUUACCAAGCAGGAGCAUGGGGUAAAGGGCACCAUAGUGAAGAGCGAGCCCUACUCAGCCUGUGGCACCAUUGAGAAUGCAGAGGCCCUUAGGGGCCACAUCGCCUUGGCCCUUAGAGGAGACUGCAUGUUUGCCGCCAAAGCCAGGAGAUUACAGGAGGCUGGGGUUACAGGUGUCAUCUUCAUAGACCACAGAGAGGGAAGCAGUAGUGAGGAGACGCCGCUGUUCCAGAUGGUGGGGGACGGGGUGUCUACUGAUGACAUCACAAUUCCCCUGGUGUUUCUGUUCAGCCGAGAGGGGGCGGAGCUGACCUCUGCCCUUCACCAGCACGCUAACGUGGACGUGCUGCUGCUGCCCAAAGAACGCCAGCUGGGCAAAGAAAAAACGGAGAAGCUAAACAUAAAAUUCCGCCUAGCGACAGAGGGAGAGAUGGAGGAGGGUGAGCGAGAUGGCACCACUUUCCACCUCCUCCUGGACCCUGGGAGCGAGGGAGCGGACACCAAGGACACAAAUAGACACACGGAGCACGUGGAGGAGAGCAGUGCUCCCUCUGGCCACUGCAGUGCCUCGCAACAUGGCCGCCAGCCUGCUUGUGGACAGGAGCCUAACCACAAACCCGAAGCCGACCCCUGACCUGCAAUCAGCCUGGACACGGAAUCCACCCAACUCGCGACACAACGGCUGCCGAGGACUGGGCACUGGUCCAGGAUCAGUGCUCGUGCAGCGCUCCGGCUCGCCCUUUGAGGGGCGUUGCUAUAAACUGCUGGCUCUCACCCUAUGGGAGAGUCUUUGAAUGACUUUGAAAGGAAAACUCAGACCUCAAACACUAGUGUAAAGGAUGGGUCCUGUAUAGUUAGUAGUAGUGGAACUGUAUCAUUUGUGUGUUAUAGCAUAACAUAUGGAAUAGGAUGAUUUGGUACAGACGUAAUGAUAGUCUUAGGCUACGGACUGAUCAUCUUCUGUGCCCAAGGGUGCAGGGAAGGUGAAACGAUUAUUGAUGGAAGGAGACCUCCUUGUUUCCUUAGGGGGAGGGGUUAGCGUGCAACCUUAACCAUGUUCUCUAGUCUCAUCUAUAGAAUAAGAGUAUCCCUCGUCUCUUUGGCCAAUUCAAAGUAGUAGAGGACGUUAGUGGUGUAAAUCAUGACAACCACAGUUGCUCAGUAACAACAGGCCAACCAAACACAGACUUAUUAUUCUACUACGUCAGAGUGUUGAGAUGAGAUGAAUUAAGUGGCUCAAACUGUUUUAAGUGGCUCUAACUUGGAUAACUGGGAUCCAGUGAAUACCCGGGGGGGGGGGCUAGCCAAUGACCAAACUUGUGAUGUUUUUUGUUUUUGUUUUGUUGUUAUGUUUGUUUUCUUUUGUUUUGUUCUGUUUACUUUUUACACCAAUAUGCCGUAAGCAAACACAUUUUGGAAACGGAGGCUUGAGGCCAGUAACAGUACAGUCAGGUAAAACACUUUCGUAUUAAGUCAAAGUACUGAAGCAUCAGGGACAACAAAGACUUGAAUGUGACUGUGUGUGUGUGUGCAAGAGAGAGAAAGGAAGAGAUAGUUGGAGAGGGAGAAAGUUCAAAGUCCUCAUGCAUGUUAUUUUUGGAUGUGUCGACUGUACUACACAAUGUUUCUUUUGUUUUUGUUCUAAUUUCUGUGUGCCAAUACGUGAUGCACAUCCCACAUGCAAGGGAUGACCCUGACUGAUAGCCCAGAUGCCUAAGAUCGUGGCCAGGCAACAGUUGGCAGCCAUUUUGGAUCUAACUGUGGCAGAAGACGGCAGACUGUUGCCACAACUUUUGCCUCUUUACUGCCUACUGUGACAGUUUCCCCCCAGCACUUUGUCCAGACCCCAUAAGCUCCUUACCUGCCUAACAGGUCAAAGUGUGAGUGUGUGUAUGUGUGACAAAUAGAGAAAUGGGGAAUUAGUUUUAUGUUGUUGCUUAGGUCCUAGGAGGACUUCCAGGAGUCUAGAGUCAGAUGACUGAUGCAAAAUUUUGCUUGAUUAUUUUAAACACAACACACAGCUUAAAGUGUGUGUGUAUGAGUAUUUGGGGAUUCAUGUGGAUACUGUAAGUCAACAUCAUGGAGAAACACACAACAGCCAUUACAUUCUUCAGGCACACAGAGUGUAGGGUCCGUCAUGAUCCUCUAGUACAUGUUAUUCAUUCCUUUUAGGUUUUAUGCCCCACAACCACAAGUACACUACCUGUCUAUCUGAUCAUAUGUACCAGGUUAGGUACUGUUUGUCAUGCUACAGGUUCAUAAUGAUGCACAGUAGUUUUGGGUUAUGGGUUGCUAAUUGUGAAUAGAUGUUUGGUACCUCAGUUUGUUAGGGCAAGUGUAGUGUCCUUCUCGUCGGAUCCUGGCUCCCAGUGUACCUCGACUUUAAGUAAGGGCUCAACUGUACUGUAACCCACAAGGGGGGGGAUAUCAGUGGCUUACAUAUGUCAGAUGCUUGAAGAGGUUUAAAUGGCUUGAUUGAUCCCCCUUGUGUUACUGUUCACUCAGUGGGAUAUUAUUAAAUGGAGCGAGAAAAGAUUUUUAAUGUGCAUUUUUAAUGGGGUGUUUAUAGAUCUGCAUAUAUAUUUGAGAUUAUACUAUAGUUGCCAUGUGAGAGUUGUGCAGGGUGUGACGAGUGAAAGUGCCAAAGUUAUUUCAGUCCCUCUACUGUAUGAGCAUGAGCUUCUGUCUCCUCUGUUGACUCAAUUGAACUGAUCUAGUCUGAUAAUAAAUGGAUUUGUGACCUAAAUCA